AUGCCAAAUCCAAACCCCCUAGGUUACAGCGAGAAGGACCUGGCUCCUCCCAAUGUAUUGGACGAGACCCCCCUCGCUCGAGGUAUCCGUACCCGCACGCACGAUGAUGAAGAAGAGAUCCGACGAGGCUCAAAGACCCCUCGCAAGCCAUCGGUCGUCGCCGCGCUCAAGGCCAAUUAUGGGAUCGCCCAGAUUCCCUCGGACGGAGACAGCAUCAAGCUCGGCUUCGACUCGACCCACCGGAAACUCAAGCCCAGGCACAUCCAGCUCAUAGGCAUUGGAGGCACCAUUGGGACGGCCCUGUACGUCCAGAUCGGCCGUGGCUUGCUUAACGGCGGUCCUGGCAGUCUGUUCCUAGCCUUUACUAUCUGGUGCACAUUCAUUCUCUGCGUGACCAACUGCAUGGCGGAAAUGGUGACGUACCUCCCGAUCUCGUCGCCAUUCAUCCGGUUCGCAGGCCGCUACGUCGACGAGGCAUUCGGAGUGGCAGCCGGGUACAACUUCUUCGUGUUCGAGGCGAUGCUGGUGCCGUUUGAGAUUGUGGCGUGCAACGUCAUCAUCCACUUCUGGAGCGACGUGGUGCCGGCGGGCGGCAUCAUCGCCAUUGUGAUCGUGUGCUACGGCGUGAUCAACGUGUUCGCGGUGCAAUGGUACGGCGAAUCCGAGUUCUGGCUGGCCCUGGGCAAGGUGUUGCUGAUCGUCGGCUUGAUCAUCUACACCUUCAUCGCCAUGCUCGGCGGCAACCCGCUCGGCGACCGCUUCGGGUUCCGGUACUGGAACCACCCGGGCUCGUUCACGGAGCUGUACUACGACGGCUCGCUGGGCCGGUUCUUGGGGUUUCUGCAAUGCCUGAUCCAGGCCUCCUUCACCAUCGCCGGCCCGGACUACGUGUCCAUGGCGGCCGGGGAAGCCGAGAACCCGCGCAAGGUGCUGCCCAAGGCUUACAAAGCCGUCUUCUACCGGCUGACCGCCUUCUUCAUGCUCGGCUCGCUGUGCGUCGGCAUCCUGGUGCCUUACGACGACCCCGAGCUUAUCGAGGCCUUUUCCUCCGGCAAACCCGGCGCCGCCGCCUCCCCUUACGUCGUGUCCAUGAACCGCCUGCACAUCCCCGUGUUGCCGCACAUUGUCAACGCCAUGGUCCUCGGCGCCGCCUUUUCCGCCGGCAACAGCUACGUCUACUGCGCCAGUCGGAGCUUGUUCGGCCUGGCUCUCGAGGGCAAGGCCCCGCGCAUCUUCACCCGCUGCACUAGGAACGGUGUUCCCGUCUACUGUGUCAUGUUGGUGCUGUUGCUCAGCCUGUUGAGCUUUUUGCAAGUCAGCAACGACGCCGCUGUCGUUUUGAGCUGGUUCGUCAACUUGGUCACGGCGUCGCAACUGAUCAACUUCGCCGUCAUGGCAUUCACCUUCAUCCAGUUCAAAAAGGCCCUCGACGCCCAAGGCAUCGACCGCAACUCCCUACCCUACAAGUCGUGGUGGCAGCCGUUUUCCGCCUACUACGCGCUGACGGGCUGUUUCAUCAUGACCUUUGUCGGCGGCUACACCGUCUUUCUGCCGGGCUUCUGGGACGUGCCGACCUUCCUGUUCAGCUACACCAUGAUCGGCGUCUUCCCGGUCCUGUUUGUCGGCUGGAAGCUGUACAAGAAGACGAAAUGGAUGAAGCCGCACGAGGUCGAUCUCAGAAAGGACAUGGACGAUCUCGAGGAGUAUGAGAGGUCUUAUGUGCCUAGACCACCGAGGUGA